AUGCUCCGUAGUUCAGCUGUGGGACUAGCUCUGCUCGCAGUAUGGGUCCGCAGUGGCUCUGAGAAACAGCAAACCAAAUGUCACUGCAUGAAUCUGGUUCUGUGCCAACCCAUGGCCCGAAAUGAAGAGGUGAAGAAGGACAAGGAGGUACUCGUCUUUGACAAUGGAGGAAAGGACUGGAAGCACUACAUGUGGUCGAUUAUCACAAUUGUUGUGGCCUCACAACAAUAUGACCCUGAACUCUUCUGUCACGCCCAUGCAGAAGGUGUUCAACUGCUUAUGAAAGUAACCUUACCACCAGUCAGGACAAUAUGGACUAAAGAGAAAAUGACUGAAUGGGUCAAUAACCAAGUGAAGUUGGUGAAGACACAUCAGAUGGAUGGAAUCAACCUACACUUGGAUCAGGUCGUCAUCAGAUAUUCUCCUGAAUCCAAGAAAAUAACUGAAGCAGUUCAACAAAUCUUCACAGCGAUUCACAAGGAAAUACGCCAGUCUAAGGUCAUAGUAAACGUGCCUUGGUCUCCACAUUGUCUCUAUGGUCGGUGCUACGAAUAUGCAAAACUUCAGGCUAGCUCUGACAGUCUGUUUGUUAUGAGUUAUUUAAUGCACACUACAAAUACCGAGGACUGCUUUGCAAAGCCGAAUGCUCCCUACGAUAAAGUUUCUUCAGGUAUCUCCAAAUAUAUCAAACUGGGUAUCUCUCCCAGCAAGCUCAUACUUGGUGUUCCAUGGUUUGGUGUUGAUUAUACCUGCAAGAAGCUACAUGAGGCAGGUGGAUGUGAAUUGAUCAAUAAGCCCAACAAACAAACUUGCAACGUCAAGAGUGGAGACACAAUCCCAUACAAGACUGUCAUGACACUCCUGCCCAGAGCAGUAUCUCAGAAGUUUUGGGAAAAUGAUUUGCAAGUCCCAUCCUUUACAUACAUGUCCCAAGGAAAGUCCCAUGAGGUGUGGUAUGAUAACCCACGAAGUAUUGCAGCAAAGGCAUCUCUGGUGAAGAAGUUCAAACUUGCCGGCAUUGGAGCGUGGACUGGGAAUUUCCUAAAUUACACUUACAACGCAACAGUAGCAAUGCAAACCCAAAACAUGUGGAAUGCUUUAUAUAAAUCUUAAUGAACGUACAGCGUUAGAUCCCUGUAAUUGUGAAUGAAAUUUUGUUAGCAAGGAAGAAUAAUGAAUGCACAAAGAUCCAAGACUCAGAUUUAAUAUGUUCUCUGAUGAAUG